AUGUUGAAUAAUGCUAACAACGGCGUUCUUACAACAAGAAAUGUUCGAUCAAAACCUUCUCAACGUAGGAUAUUUAAUAAUAUGGUAAAACGUAAUCAAUAUUAUGAAGAUGUUGAAAAAAUGAAAUAUCGAUUAGAGAAAUUUGUACCAAAUAUACAACAAGUUAAUCAAACGGAUGCAAAACGAGUGAAGACAAAGAGAGUUUACCAACGAAAAGUCACUCAGGAUCUUACUGAAUCUAAAGAUUUAAAUUGGCGACGCAAACAAGAAUUACAACAUUUACGAAGUGGUGAACAUAAUGGUGAACGUGAUUUAAUACAUCUCAAUCGUGAUCCAGUUAAAAUAUCAUCGUCACCUUCGAUUAGUCAAUCUUCCUUACUUUAUCAAAAUAAAAAAUCACGUUUAUCAUCAAUUACCGAAGAAAAUUCAUUGACACGCAUUAUAGAAAACCCCACAUCAGCUCUCGGACGUUCAUCAUUAAUAAAUCGAAGUCAAACAUCACAGAAUCAUAUAAUACCAAUUCAAAAACGAUCACCAAUGAAUAAAAUAAAUUCAAGCUAUCAACAUGAUCGAUGGUUACGUAAAUACAGUUUUCAACAAAAUAUUGCUAAAACAAGUGAUGAUCGUUUUUAUCUCCAACAACGUGCUCAUCUAAUUAAUCAACAAAAACGAUUAAUUGAACAAAAAUUAAAAGAAUUUUUACAUUGA